UCUCAUUUUUCUGAAAAUCUGGUGUGCAUGGGAAACCUGCGAACGUGGCUCGUAUAAUGCAGGGAAAUAGCGGCCCCAUUUAUUGUAAGACUCGCUCCAUCGUUGAGCUGAAAUUCUACCCCGCGGUAUAAUGCUUGGAUGGUCCUAGUGUGAAACUGCCCCUUGGCUAGCGCUUCUGUGUGCGGGGUGGACUGUGGGCUAAUGACAUUGUCUGCAACACGUGCUUCCCGACAAGGUUUCUGAGCCCGGUGUGAGGUCCUUGGCUUUCAUUACAGGCCACUCGCGCCUCUGGUGCUAGGUGAGACUAGACAGGCUGUCUGGUAUCACAGCUCACAAGAGCACGUUGGUGUAAACUGUCCCCAAGGCCUUGGACAGACUCUCUAAAGGGAGACAGAUGAUUUAUCAAGAGCUGUGGAGUCCUUUAUGAGUGGAAUUUUAAACUAUUCUCCCCACCCAUCUCCCCCCGCCCCCCACUUAAAUACCAAAGGUAGUUAAACGACAGUAGUUCUAAGCUUGUCUUUUUCAAUCAUGGCAGGGCCUUCAGGGUCAAAACUGGAAUUUACCGGGUUACUCAGGGGAGGAGCCCUGGUGGCACAGUGGUUAAGCUCUCGGCUGCUAAGCAAAAGGAUGUGUGACCGUAAUGGCGGGAGGCGGCUGCGGCAGUGGCUCGUCGAACAAAUCGACAGCAACAUGUAUCCAGGGCUGAUUUGGGAAAAUGACGAGAAGAGCAUGUUCCGGAUCCCUUGGAAGCACGCGGGCAAACAAGAUUACAAUCAGGAAGUUGACGCCUCCAUUUUCAAGGCCUGGGCAGUUUUCAAAGGGAAGUUUAAGGAAGGGGACAAAGCUGAACCAGCUACUUGGAAGACGAGGUUACGCUGUGCCUUGAAUAAGAGUCCAGACUUUGAGGAAGUGACAGAGCGGUCCCAGCUGGACAUUUCUGAGCCAUAUAAAGUUUACCGGAUCGUCCCCGAGGAGGAGCAGAAAUGCAAAUUAGGCAUGGCUGCCCCUGGCUGUGUGAACGAAGUCACGGAGAUGGAAUGUGGCCGCUCAGAAAUCGAUGACCUGAUUAAGGAGCCUUCUGUGGAUGAUUAUAUGGGCAUGAUCAAAAGGAGCCCUUCCCCGCCGGAGGCCUGCAGGAGCCAGCUCCUUCCAGACUGGUGGACACAGCAAGCCGGCCCAGCUUUACCACUGGUGACCGGGUAUGCCGCCUAUGAUGCGCACCACUCAGCCUUCGCCCAGAUGGUGAUCAGCUUCUACUAUGGUGGCAAGCUGGUGGGCCAGACCACGACCAGCUGCCCUGAGGGCUGCCGCCUUUCCCUGGGCCAGCCAGGCCUGCCUGGUGCCAAGUUGUACGGGCCCGAGGGCCUGGAGAUUGUCCGCUUCCCGCCAGCCGAUGCCAUUCCCAGCGAGCGGCAGCGGCAGGUGACGCGGAAGCUGUUCGGGCACCUGGAGCGGGGUGUCCUGCUGCACAGCAGCCGACAGGGCAUCCUGGUCAAGCGGCUGUGCCAGGGCCGUGUGUUCUGCAGUGGCAACGCCGUGGCCUGCAAGGACAGGCCCAACAAGCUGGAGCGUGACGAAGUGGUCAAGGUCUUUGACACCAGUCAGUUCUUCCGAGAGCUGCAGCAGUUCUAUAACAACCAGAGCCGGCUCCCUGACAGCAGGGUGGUGCUAUGCUUUGGAGAAGAGUUUCCAGAUAUGGCCCCUUUGCGCUCCAAACUCAUUCUUGUGCAGAUUGAGCAGCUCUACGUUCGGCAGCUGGUCGAAGAAGCUGGGAAAAGCUGUGGUGCCGGCUCCGCGAUGCAGGUUCCUGAGGAGCCCCAGCCGGACCAGGUCUUCCGGAUGUUUCCGGAUAUUUGUGCUUCGCACCAGAGACCGUUUUUCAGAGAAAACCAACAGAUCACUGUCUAAGUCUCUGUCUUUGGCAUUCCACCUGUCCUGUGUCUCACGUUUCAUUAUUACAAUUACUGUUGUAAUUAUUAAAGAUGCGGAUGCCUCUUUGACCUAGGGUGGGGCACCUUCCUUUGCUCUUAAUUUAGUAAGGGCAUUCUUUGAGGAGUUGAAGUUUAAAGCAAAGUUGCAUCACAGUUCUGCUGUUCAGAUAAAAACAUUGGGAACUUACGCUGUAACUAUAACCUGUGAUUAAAUUUUUUUCUGCAUUCUUCCCAAUUAUCAUUAGUUGCUAUGACUCCUUGUACAUUUUGGGAUAAAUGACAUUUCCAAAAACUUGACGUUUACCAUUACGGGCAAAUAGCUGGUUCAAGUAGAGAAAUUUGGAGUAUAAGAUCAAAAUGUGAGGAACAAGGCUAUUUUUUGUCUUUAUCUUUAGUUAAAGCUAUAGAUGUAUGAUUUCAUAUGCCUGAUUCUAUGUGAAUUUUUUUUUUUUUUUUUUUUACUUAUAAGCAUUUUAAUAAGAUUUUAAAAUAUUUAGACACCAGCCUCUGUGUAACAAGUAAAAGUAAAACUCUUGGCUUGUUGGAAGAUGUAUAUUCUUCCUAGACUUUGGUGCCAAGAAAACAUUUCUAUCUCCAGGUGUACUGGUGUGUUUUUACUUCAGACAAUGAAAACUUCUCCUUUGUGACUUUGUUGCCAGGAAGCUUCGAGCUGUAUUUUUUCAUUUCUGUGAUUAAAUCAUCCCAGAUUUCUACUUUCUAAAUGAUUCUGAUCUGUUUUAAAAAUGUUUUAACUUUUAAUUGUCCUAUUGUAAACUGCUUUGAAUUUUUUUUUUUAAGUGGGCAGGAUAUAAACCCCAAAUUAAACAAAUCAUUGUAAAUUCCAUGAGCAUUUGAUUGUGCCUUCAAUUCAGUCAACUCAUUCCUUGGCUGAUGGUGUUUUAUCGUGUGGGCACAGCUAGUGUGGAUUGGAAAAUGUGGACAAGAUGUGUUAGCUUCUCACCAUUGAAUUGUCCCUGAGGAUCCUUAGUGGAUGUGGCAGGAAGAAUGCCUUCCAGUAAAGACCUUUUAGUUCCCCGAUCCCCAGUAGCCCUCAAGGUUCAAGAUGGCCCCAUUCUAUACAAAAUUCUACUCUUCAACGAAGAGUGGUAUAGUGGGAUUCCAAUGAAGUCUCAGUUUCAGCCCUGAAGAACUUGCCCUAUUAGCAAACAGAAUGCAUUUCUCGCCCAAAAAUAUGUCAGAUUUUUACACAGAUUCAUGUUACUAAGAGCAAGUAGAGAAGACUUAAAAGAAUGGCUUGGCUUAAUAGCCCAGGGCAGUUCACAUCAUCUCACUUACUUUGAAUAUGUGGUCUAAUGUAGUUCACAUACCGCAUCAGAUCUUCCUCUCCAAAACCACUUUAAAACCACUUUCCAUAUAUACAUAAUUAAAAAGUGCUUGACAUUGUUUUCUAAAAAAGAUGUUGGACUUUGUUAGCUCAUGGUGCCUCUUAUAUGUGUGUAUGUCCCAUGUAAUACUCCUGACGAGCAGAGCUUGGGCACCCACCGUAUGCGUUGAAUACCUCCAGGAGCACCAAUUCUUGACAGGGAUAUGAGCCAGUGCAGAGUCUUUUGACUUGCCUGGGUCAGUUCUGCAGUGUAGACACCAGGCAGGUUUGUGGGGGAGGAAAUUGGGGGAAAGACCCAUUUGCUUCCCUUCCACUCUCACCUGGGUGGGGAGAAGAAGAGUAUUUUCUUGAUUCUUUCUCCUUUAUAACCCAGCCUGGGUCACCACCAUCCCUUACUCAGAAUUUUACAACAAAAGGGAAGGAGGGGGCCUUACCAAUCAACCCUUAUUUUGAGAAGUAGGAGAAAGUGUUGAGGUUUGGGGGCAAGAUUACCCCGAGAUUAGCCAACCUGGUAGCCACGUAACCAUAAAUGGAGUCUGAUUCAAAAGCUGAAAAUCCAAAGAAUUCCCACUUACUUUUCUCUUUGCUUCUUUUAUGAAGGUGAUGUAGGAGUAGCAUGUAGUAAGAAGCAACAAUUAUAGGUUCUUUAGAUUUUUAUGAGUUCACAUUUGAAUGUAGGAAAAUGCCAGUAAAAAUGGCUUUUCACCAUUGGCCAACAAAGCAAGCAUUAUAUUCUUAAGGAUGACAGGUUUAUUUUUUGAAGUGUUUGUAACAAAACAGUAGGAUUUAGUCUCCAGCUCAAAUGAAUAUUAAAACAUCUUUAAUAUGCUGAAUGAAUAUUUAUUUUUGUAUGCAUUUAAAGUGUAUCAACCUCUUUUAUUCUUUAUUAAAAUAAAUGCUCUUUUUAAAAGUU